AUGCUUUCCUUCUUUACGACUACUCUUUCCCUCGUAGCUGCUCUCGCCCCCACGGUAUUGGGUGCUCCUCAUAUCGCGCUUCGUGAUGUCCAGACAUUUGCUGGGAAGGUCAAGCCGAAAGGAUACAUUGUCACUCUGAAAGAAGGCGCAUCGAAAGAUGAACUCCUCGAGGAUCUCGGGUCCUCUGUUACUGCUGUGUUCAAUCGUAUCCUGGACGACGAUGCUCUGAACAGCAUCCGGGCUCAUCCGGGCAAGUUUUAUUCCGUCUUCUAUCUCAAAUCUAUGCUAACCAUAUUAUCAUUAGAUGUCGAGUCUAUCGCCCAGGAUGGCAUCGUUCCAUCACAACCACCCAGUAUGCUGUCUUACUGCGAUCUUUUUCUCUGGCCCAGUGCUUUACUUUUUGACAGAUCCAAUGCACCCUGGGGUCUGGCUAGGAUCUCCCAAACAAGCUCUCUUGGGAGCUCCGACACCUCUGACCUGACCUACAAGUAUAACUAUGACUCUUCUGGCGGUGCUGGAGUCGAUGUCUACGUCGUCGAUACCGGUAUCUACACUGCACAUUCAACCUUUGGCGGUCGUGCGUCGUGGGGGAAAACAUUUGGCGGCUAUGCUAAUACUGACGGAAACGGACAUGGCACUCAUGUUGCGGGAACUGUCGGUGGAAGUCAAUAUGGCGUCGCGAAGGCUGUCAACCUCAUUGCCGUCAAAGUUCUCUCUGACUCUGGUUCAGGCUAUAUUUCCGAUAUACUAUCUGGCUUCGAUUGGGUCAUUGACGCUGUUGAAUCCUCUGGUAAACCGUCCAUCGUCUCUCUGUCGCUUGGCGGCUCCGUGUCCACUACAUUCGAUAACGGCGUGGUUACUCUCAUCAAUGCUGGUAUCCACGUCGUCGUUGCUGCUGGGAACGAUGGAACAAACGCAUCUGGUACAAGCCCUGCUCCCGUUGCAGCUGCUAUCACCGUAGGAGCUACAACUAUCGCUGAUGCACGUGCAUCCUUUUCCAAUUACGGCUCUGUUAUAGACAUAUUCGCGCCUGGCCAAUAUAUCACGAGCUCUUGGAUCGGGAGAACUACUGCUACGAACAACAUCAGCGGAACCAGCAUGGCUACCCCUCACGUCUCUGGUCUCGUCGCAUACCUCAUUGGGCUCAACGGUAAUCAAAGCCCCGCUGCAAUGAGUACUCUCAUCAAGUCUUUGGGCAUAUCUGGCGCUUUGACUAGUAUUCCUUCUGGCACCUCGAAUCUGUUGGUAAACAACGGGUAUUAAAGCAUAUGCAGUACAAAUAGUCAAGAAUGUCUUACGAUUCUCAAUGUCAUUGUAUCCAUC